AUGUCGAUGUCAGUCUAUCACUCCAUCAUGAAGGUCGUGGCACCCGUAUACCAACGGGUAGUCGCCACCGAACUCAACAAAAUGGGCCUCCGCUACGAGGAUUUGCUAAACUCGUCCAGUCCGGACAUUGGUGAAGCUUUGGAAUUGGCUGACCCAGCCGUCAAGCAGGGACGUCAACGUAGGCUCAAAAGAGCUUCGGAUCUUUCCUUCAAGGCAAAGAAUCUACAGGAGUAUGCUCCUGGCAUGAAAUUGGAACCGUUCAAGGAAGAACUCUGGCAGGAUGUCCUCAAGAUCCAGGCACGCAAUGAAGAAAUUGCUCAAUUGAAUGCUCACAAGUUGUAA